GUGGGAGUAAUUCUUUUACAAGGAGAAAAGAAGGUGGUUUUGAUAUCCGGUGGCUACGUGUGGCUUAUUUCAAGCAAAGGACCACCAUUAGCAUUUUCCUCACUCCAAUUUCUUAGCUUCUUCUAUUUCUACUUCUUUGCAAUGCCUAAAGCCUCUCUCUCUCUCUCACACACUCACACGAGUUGCAUCAUUAUGUGCUCGAGUAGUUGAGCAGCUAGCUCUAUAGCCUCGAAUAAUUAUUACUCCCAUUUUUAAAAAAUUUGAACCACCUGAAAUCUUUGCCUCUUGUCUCCAUUUAAGAAAAAAAAUUAGCCCUCAGAAGCAGACAUGGGUGAAGUCGAAGUUAAGGCUUAUGGAUAGAGGGAGAGAGAGAGAGGGCAUUCUGCUGCUGCACAACCAACCACAAUCUGAGCCUUUCUUUCCAUUAACCAAACCCCACAUUUUCAAGAAAAUCAAAAGCCCCUUGUGCAUUUCUCAUUAGGUUCCCAAAUCAUUCAAACAAUUGACAUAUAGUCAUUUUACGGAGCAAAUUAUUAGCUUGAGGCUACAAUGGCGGCGGUUUUGUUGGUUGAAAACGAAAUAUCUGAAGGGGGGAAAGAAGGGGAUUGCGAGAAUGAGUGUGGAGUUAGAAAAGACAUGGAUUUGAAUGGAGAAAGCAGCAUUUCAAGCUCUGAUUUUUUGGCUUCUGAGAUUAUGUCCAACGAUGAAAGUAGUAGCAGUUUUCAAGAUUCAUCUUCGCCGCCUUCAACUUCUGAGGAAGUUGUUGACAAAGUCCACGUGGACAAGAUGAAGUUUGAGAAGCAAAGAUCAUCUCUAUCAGAAUUAGAGAUGAUGAGAGAGAGAUUCUCCAAACUGCUGCUUGGUGAAGACAUGUCUGGAUGUGGGAAUGGCGUUUGCACUGCUUUGGCUAUUUCUAAUGCUAUUACCAAUCUUUGUGCCACUCUUUUUGGACAAGUUUGGAGGUUGGAGCCUCUGCAGGUGGACAAGAAGCUAAUGUGGAGAAGGGAGAUGGAUUGGAUUCUCUCUGUUAGUGAUCACAUUGUCGAAUUGAUACCUUCUUGGCAGACAUUCCCCGAUGGAAGUAAACUCGAGGUCAUGACAACCAGACCGCGAUCAGAUCUGUACAUUAACCUCCCUGCACUGCGCAAGUUAGACAACAUGCUUCUCGAAAUAUUGGACAGAUUUGAAGAUUCCGAGUUCUGGUAUGUUGAUCAAGGGAUAGUAACUCCGAAUGUCAAAGGCACGUGCUCCAUCCGAAAACCUCUCCCUCAUCAAGAAGACAAAUGGUGGCUUCCGGUUCCUCGUGUCCCGCCCGGUGGCAUCAGUGAAGAUGGCAGGAAGAUGCUGCAGCACAGGCGCGAUUGCACAAACCAAAUCCUCAAAGCUGCAAUGGCUAUCAACAACGCGACUCUAGCAGACAUGGACAUCCCCGAUUCAUAUCUAGAAUCACUCCCAAAGAACGGGAGAGCGAGUUUGGGAGAUCUUAUCCAUAGAUAUAUAAACUCGGACCAAUUUUCACCCGAGUGCUUGCUCGACUGCCUCGAUUUGUCUUCUGAUCAUCAUGCUCUGGAGAUUGCCAACAGAGUGGAGGCCACCAUGUACGUUUGGAGGCGAAGAAACGCCUCAAAAACCUUGUCACAUGGCACACACAAGUCCAGCUCUAAGACGUCGUGGGAAAUGGUUAAGGAUUUCGUGGGUGAUGGAGAUAAACGGGAGCUACUCGCGGAUAGAGCAGAGAGCCUUCUCCUCUGCCUGAAGCAACGGUUUCCCGGUCUACCUCAGACCACCUUAGACAUGAGCAAGAUCCAAUAUAACAAGGAUGUGGGAAAAUCAAUACUAGAGAGCUACUCAAGAGUCCUGGAAAGCUUGGCAUUCAACAUUGUGGCGCGUAUUGAUGACUUGCUCUACGUGGAUGACUUGUCGAAGCACUCGGAUCAGGUCGUGCCGUUCUCAAAGGUUGGCACGAUCAGUAGUCCAUACAGGACAGCCUUGUCGACUCCUAGCUUCACGCCUCUGCAGAUGGUUAGCUCCGCAAGGGGGGAUAGAUCACCGUACAUUGAGAGCAGCAAGCAUCACCUUCACGGAUUCGGUUUCAAGAGGAUUCUGACUGAUUAUGUGAGUGUGGAUGGCAAAGGGAAGAUUCUGAGCAGGAAUAUUAUGGGUUCGUUUUCGAGUACGACGGCGUCUCCAUCCCUUGAAUCUUGCAGCACUUCUAAAGGAAUCAUCAGCCCUCAAUCAGAUUAGUUUGUGGAAGAUGAUUGAACAAAAUGGAUCAGUUUGUUUGUUGAUUUGAUUCUUGAUUUCUUGUUGUUGUUCUUGUGCUAUGUAUGUGUUUGUCUCCAUGUACAUGCAGAGCGAGUGUUUGAUGUUGUGUUGAGGGAUAUCAUAUAUCGAAGAUUCCCAUGAGCUGAGAAUGUUCCAAACACUCAGAAAUUUGAAUGAAAUAAACUAGCGCGUGUAACAA